CUCCAGUUGUGUAUAAAGAAACUACAGCAACAAGAAGACUCAGAGAGACGAGAGGAUUUCAAGACUUUUACAGCCGAUUUAAACCGUUUUUCACAGAAAGGAAUAUGUAUAAACUUGAUCUACCACUCGACCUGAAAGAAAAUGCUGCUAUAGAGAGAAGAAGAAACAAGRAAUUGCAGCGUCAGAGCCGAAUUUUUAAUGCUCGAGUUCGAACUAUUGGAAUCGAUGUUCAAGCCUUAGAGACGCAAGUCGUAGACAGAAAACGCCAAGGGGAAGAAGAGAGACGAAGGCACAAUGCUUUUGCUGCUGAUUUGACAAGAAAUGAUAAGAUAUGUGCUUUAAUGGAAAAGAGGCAGGAACAUGACAUCAGAGAAUUGAAAAAGGAGUUAAAUACCUUCCGAAGUGAACACCAACGUCCAGAAGAUACAAGAGAAUGGGAUCUUAAUGAUCCAGACUACCUAAAGAAAGACAAGCCUGCAAGAGUGUCCGAUGAUGAUCCUAGGUGUGGUAUUGCCUCUUUGCAGAAGUUCUUAGGGGAAGACUUGAGUUCUAAGGAGCGCAAGAAGUUGCAAGAAGAACAGAUGAGGGAGUGCAUCAAGCAACAAGUAGAUGAAAGAAACCAAUCUAAAGCCAACCAAGAAUAUGCUGAUCAUCUUUACGAACUCAAGGCCAGAGAACUAGAUCAAAGGGCUUGUGAGCUAGCCAUGGCCGAAGCCGACUGUCGGCGUGCAAUUAACAUGGCAACUAAGGAUUUUAAUGAUGCACUCAAAAGGGAAAAGGAGACAAAGGAACAGCUUGAGAAACAGCAAGAACAGGAUGACAACUUCACAGAAAUCUCUAACCACGUAUUUGGAGAUAUGCUUACUGAAAAUCCUGAUGUUGCACAAAGUGCAUUUGGCUCACAUCGGGUUAUCACUGAUAGAUGGAAGGGUAUGAGCCCUGCGCAGCUGGCACAGAUUCGGUACAUACAACAGGAACAGUUAAAAGAAAAAGAGCGAUUGAAACAAGAAGAAGAAGAACGCCAAAAAGAAUACGAAAGGCUUCUUUUAACCCAAGCUAAAGCUGGAAUAUUGAUGGAAAGAGAGCUAGAAAGGAAGAGAAAACAGCAAGAAAGAGAUCAAGCACUUGAGAAUCAAAGACUAGCAUCUGAACAAAAAGCAAUACAAGAGUAUAUCAACAAAGAGGUUUACUCAAAUCCUCCUACAGCAGCCUACUUUAUGCAGUUCAAUACAACAAGCAGAUAAAACCAGACAAGGCGCUAAUCUUACAGUACUGUACAUUUUGAAUGAAUUGUAAAGAAAU